AUGGCGUUUCAGAACAACCCCGAACUUCUGAAUGUAAGUCAGCUUUUAAUCUGCUUCAAGAUUUAAUGGACCUUCGACAAUUAAUUAUUGCUUUAGGCUAUUCGGUCCGGAUUCAAGCUCCGACCGACGGUUACCCGAGAUGGAUCAAAGCCCAUCGUUCUGGCCGAAGGAGAGGACGCCAACACUCCACUGGUCGAGUUCAAAGAGCCAGAGAACCCUCCUCCACAAGUGUACAUCCCCGUAAAGAAAACAGAACGACCAAACCUUUCCUCAACUGUAAGAUGUCUCCAAGGUCCUAUUACAAAAGGCCAUGGAAAGAAACCCCCACCACCUGGGGCACCUCCACCACCGCCUGGAAUGGCUCCUCCAAGGCCCCCUCCAAGUGCGGCAGCACUCAAAAACCCGGCUCUUCUGAAGUUGGGAUCAGGCGGACAGGUUGUCGAUAGAUCCCAGCUCUUAGCCAACAUCAGAGGUGGUAUUAAAUUGAGGAAAGUGGAAACCAAAGAUAAAUCCGGAUUGAUUUUGGACGAAGAACAGAAAGCGUUGAUUGAGAAUAAAGGAAAAUUAAACUUUGGCUCAGGUGAAGAACCGGCAACCGAAACAUCGGACCCUACGGUCGAAGAGCCGUAAGUCAUACGAGAAAUGCCAUUAAUGUUGCUUGUAGAUUUCAAAUUACAAGAAAAGAGCCGUUGGUGGCGUCCUCUCCUCCGCCACCGCCAACUACUGCACCACCACCACCAAAACAGGAAUACGAAUCUGAUGUUGAAAUGGAUUGCGAGGUAGUUGAUCCAGAACCAGAAACGAAAAAGAAGAAAAGUACGACUAGGAGGAAUUCUGGGCCUAGAAAGACGUCUAUUUCUAAGAGUGCAAAGGUCACUUCGAGUCCGCCAAGUUCUUCAGCUCCGAUUCCGCCACCACCACCUCCUCCUCCACCAGCAGUUCCCAAAUUCAACACCGCGCCACCUCCACCGCCACUCCCUCCACCGGCACCUGCCACCUCUCGAUUCAGCGCGGCUCCGCCACCCCCUCCUCCGCCUCCUCCACCGGCUCCAGCGCCCUCACGAGUUCCGGCACCACCGAUUCCUGCAUACCAGCCAGAAUAUUCAUAUUCCGAAAGUUAUUAUGAGGAGGAGCGUGACCCGGGGCCUCCAAAGAUCGAUGCCAGUUUUGACCCGAAGAGCCUUCAUGUUAGCAAGGAGACUUUGGAAGCGGAGAUCCCCAAAGGAUCGGCGGCUUCAAGGAUCGCAGCUUUCAAGAAAUUUGAACAAAAUGGGGGAGGGCCAUUGGUCCCUCGGCCACUUGAUAAAGGACUUCCGAACAAAUUGAAAAUUAUCGAAAAGAAGACCAAUGAACCAGAAAUCAAUGGGAAGUUGAAGAUCCAUGAAGGGCCGGCUCCAAAACCAUGGGAAAGGAAAAUCGAGGAAAAGAAAGAUGAAAGGGUAAAAGACGAACAGCCAAAGAGUAACGGGAUCGUCAAGGUAAGCGAAUAUUUAAAAACAUUAAGACCAUUAUGUCAUGUUUUAGACGAAGAGCAUAGAGAAAGUUCGAACAUUACCGGAACCAAAAAGUAUCACGUCGAGAUUCUCGACUCCCAUAACAGUGAAGACAGAUUCAGAGCCCAAGACCAGAGUGUCCAAAUUGACGCCAAAAUUGACAGAAUCUCUAAGCCCAAAUUCAAUGUCAUCAGCCUACCAAUCUGAAGCCAGUUCUCCCAGGAGUUCAUUGGAUUCAAAGGCAGUGAGUCCAGCUACCUCUGGUGUUUCGUCAGCCCAUUCAUCGGUCUCCCCACCUAUGAGGUCAGACAAACCCUCUUUGGGGAUCAGCUCCGAACAUUCUGAGAGGUUUGCCAAGAUCAGGCAAUCAUUCGCGAACCAAGGGACCUCGGACGAGAGUGGAGAAAAGUUCUGGAAGAGUGCCGCUCAGAGUAAUGGGAAGAUGGUAAAUGAUAAAUAUUUUGUAACUAAACCAAUCUUUUAGACUGACUCAAUGUUAUCAGACCCUGAGCGCCGAGGAAGCAGUACUGUAAACAUAAUGGCCGCGUGGAUGGACCGGGAUAAAGAAGCCUCAAAAUUGAAAUCGAGCUCUUUAAAUGGCAGCAGUAAUAGCACUCUGAGUACCAGUACAUCUUCAUUGGCAUCUUCUACCAAGAAAGUGCCUCCGGCGGUGAGCCCAAAACCGACUCCACCAGCCGUCAGCCCCAAACCAUCAGCUUCUACCACCAAACCAAAGACUAGAAAGAGCUCAACAAGCAAAAAGAGCGGCUCGGCAAGUGUAAGCACAACUAAAAGUACUACUGGUAUCGCUAAAACAUCCACUAGUAAUGGGACGAGUAAGAGUGUUAUUAGUAAUGGAGUAACCAAACCUUCGGAAAGCAGUGCUAAGGCUGUGAAUGGAGUAUCUAAAGAGAGCGGCAAAAAUGGAACAACUUCAAAGCCGAAGACAGAGAGUUCGUCGACCAAAGCCUCUUCCACAACGUCUGAAUCCAAACCUUCUUCAGCCCGCCCCACUCGAGUUCAUGAUGUUAUUCCCAAACAUUCUACUAAUUCUGUGGCCAUGAGGCUAAAAGCCUUCGAGUCCAAGUGAGAUUAACAUUUUUUGAUACAAAGUUAUAUAGUGAAACCUUAUACUUAAUAAUCUCCCCAUUUCGGUUUACUACUGUUUGUCGUGUUUGUAAAUUUACCACCUUAUUUACAUUACGCUUACAUUUACUUUUUAACUUAACAUGUUUGCAGUUUGAGUGAGGAGUUUAACGAGUUGGACGACCUGUUUGUGAGCUCACAUUAUGUGUUUUCCAUCAAUUUGAACUCGGACUUUCCCUUGAAACUUGUACAACGAUGA